CAUCAUCUCCGAGUUUCAAUCACUCCUCCACCGAACCCGAUCUGCGUCCUGCCCCGAAGCACAUCAACGCCCAACGAGAUUGUCCCAACAUGGCUACGAAAUCGCACUCAUAUAACACCCCGUCCACACCCUCCCUCCUACAUUGGAUCUCCAUAUCCAACCUUCCAAGCCUGAACAUCGAUUCACCACAAUCACUCCUCACUACACAACCGCAUCAAUGGAAACCAUCAUCCCAACACAAGACUCCUUGAUGAACAUGGACGAUUGGUACAACUUCACCCUGUCCACAGGUGACUUGGCUGAGCCGUUUGGUUGCUCGCCCAACCCUCUCGCUUCAUACUGCCAGCCCAACAUGCCGCAAUACUUCGACAACCAAGAAACCCAGUACCCCUGGGACACUGUCGACACAAGCUUUUUUUAUCAGAGCACCCCUACAGAGUCAAUGACCGCCGCCAGCACACCCUUUAACUCGAUGCAGUCCUACAUUGCAAACGAGCCCCUCCAAGCAUACGGCUGCGGGGACGAAGUGGAGACCAGCGAUUCCAGCAAGGACUUCCAGCUGCCCGAUCUCGAGCCCUCGAUUUCUGAUUCCUCGGCCAGUUCCGAAGCUGAAGAUUAUGCGACAAUGACCACGCUGUCGCAAACGACACAGACCUCGACGUCUAGACGAAGACGGGGCCGCGAGACCCGGGCGACCAACAACUCCAGAAAAGCCACGUCAAAGAAAGCCGUGGCCCUGGAUCAGACGCAUCCCUACAGGGUCUCCAAGGCCGGGAGGACAAGUUCGAGUGACAGCGAGGAUCUCGAGCGGGCGCUCGCCAAGCAGACACACUCGGAGAUUGAGCGCAAGUACCGGAACAACCUGAACGCCAAGAUGUGGCAGCUGCAUCGCACAUUGGAGGGCACGAGCCGGAUGUCAAGCAGCAGCGACGACAGCGACUCGCCACAGCAGCAGCAGCAGCAACAACAACAACAGCAACAGCAGCCCCGAAAGUCUGACAUUCUGAGCAACGCGUUACAAUACAUUAAUGAGUCGGAGCUGGAGAUGCGGCACAUGUCGGACGAAAUCCUUCGGUUGAAGAAUAGGCUGGCGGUCUUGCAGCGGAUGGUCCGGUGCGAAGGCGAUUGUGACCCGCUGAAACAGAUAGUGGAAAUGAAAAUGGCAUCAUGAACCAAGGAUUUGAUUGUUCUUUCCGGCCUUUUUCUAGGCGCUGGGCGUGAAAGUACAGUAAGGCGCCGAGUAUCAUAGACCCAACUUCCGAGACGCAGUCCAACGAGCACAAGUCUUGACAAGUCUUGCUCGUGUAAGGCUGGUCGUCAAUGUCGCUCGCCACGUUCUUUUCGAGAUUCGCUAAUCAUGGUUUUCCGGCCUAGGCCACUAAUUAUUAGCGAGACGAAUACUCCGACUUGUUACAUACGUCCGAGCAACUCGCAUGUGCUCGUGUCUAUUAUGUACCGAGGUAGAUACUGGUGAUAGCUGGGGGUAUUACGGAGUACUUAUCAGCUGGGCUAGCCGCGCACAACCGCUUGGGCCCAAGAAUGACGCAAAUCCGCCAUCGUGCCCUGGUGUCAAGCGUGUGCACGGUAUGUGCAUGUAUGCGGUGCUCGG